GUCUUUUGAACUUGUUGUGAUUGCUUCCACUAUCUUUCGGCUCCCAGGCAGUUAGCACCGAAUAAUGCUUGGUAGAGAUUGGUAAAAGUUUUGGUUCCAAUGAGCCUUUUUUGCUUUUUAUUACCUUCAAAGAGUCUUGGAAAACUUGGCAAAAUUGUAGUCAAUUAAAACCAAACGUUGGCUUCUCAUUAAGAAAUACCGUACUUCUUGUUAUAAACGGAGUGUAAAUUUUUAUAACUGGUUUCAAGAAUAAUCCAUAAAUAUACCUUCCACCCAGUCACAUAUAAAUGCGACAUGGUGCCUUAGCCUAAUUACGCGAAAUGCGUACAAAUGGUAUAGGUUGUCCAUGGGAGUGCCUUGUGUGAUUCAUUUCAUAGCCUCAAAUGUGUGUAAAGCCAAGAGGCAUUCUCCUAUUCUAUCUUCUGUCUCUAAUUUUCAGCACUAGCUGCCGUAAUUUUAUAAUCUGAAAGCGUAAAACAUCACUGCGCUAUAGUUAGUUUCAGUUCGUUAUGAAAACUGUAACUUUAAUCCCUAAUCCCAACAUUAACUCAAAAUCAGCCCAACUCCAAAUCCUUAACCCUAGCUUUUUUGUGUCAUACCUAAUGUAAGUCAGUGUUGAAAACCUUCAUCCUUAAUAAAAACUUUAUCACAGAUAACAUCCAAACGAAAUCUUUCUCCGUUUACCAAAACAGAAAUUACAAUUUGCUAGAGUUUAAGGCUUUCCUCAUCAAAGGACAUUACUUGUACUAAACUUCUACCGUCGCAAAAGUAAAACGUUUCUAAUUCAAAUUUGCAAACUUAUUAACCAAAUAAGGUUUAUUAUCAUACUAAUUAGGUGUCUCAAGGAACCUCGUCCACUCACUUAAUUUUUUAAUCUAUUUUUUCCAUAUGCCCCUCUGGCUGUAAUAAGCAGUUCUACUCUAGAUUUUAGUAUUGAAAUGUUAAACAUUUAAACCAAGUGUAAACGACAGAGGUCAGAACCUUCUAUAUAUACAAACUUUAUGUUUACUCUGUUAUCCUUAGAAGAGCUCACUAAGUUAUGAAGUAAGUGGUUACAAUCUCAAACUCCGUAUCAGACAGACAAAAAAGAAUGAAUGUAAACUGGAAGCUAUGGAAAUUGAUAAUAAUAUGAACUCUAGUUUACUGUUGAGUGUAACAGAAGACUAUUCCGCGAAUCUAGUUCGUUUUCAACCAACGGUAUACAGUCGCUUAUUCCUUACUGAAGCUGUCUUCUGGAUUAGCUAUGGCUUCAUUAGUGUAUCAUGCAAUUCAGGGUGAACAAGCUAAAGAUGCAGCAAAGUACUGUUGUUUUCACUGUUUCCUCUUGAAAGUUACCAUCCCAUGACUAUCAUAGAGAACCACAAAUACCAUCAGAUAUGUUCUCCGUGAUUUGAUAACCUGAAUUGACCAAUAUGUCACACUCAACUUAGAAGGAUACUGAGCGAGAAAACAACAAGUCCUCCUAAUAUAUUUUUGGGCAGCUGGUUCGUUCAUUCUGAGGCACUAAUAUUUUUCUAGUCUUCCUCAUCAGCAUUCUAAGAUCCUUCCGAUAUAUUCCCAUAGCACCCAGUUACCCAUUACUUAACACCAUUCACAUUAAGGGUAGGUAAAGCAUUGACACUGAUAUCAUGUUAGUAAAAAUAAAAGGGUAAGGAAAUGCGUUUAAACCUAUGAAUGUCAGUCAGUUAUCAACACAGGGUUUUACACACGUAUGCAACUUUGCAAUUGACCAAUUAUCACAUCAGUAGACUGUGGGUCAAUAACAGUCAUAUCUGAAAUCUUGUAUAGAAGUAUUUAAUAAAUCAAAGGUUUGACUGGAGCUCAGUGAUGUUAUACAAGAUUGCACACUCAUUCUUAUUGGGUGUACAGUACCUACAAGCUGACUGAAGAUUACAUAUGUGAUACUUACUCCUUGCUGUCAUAUGAGAAUAUACUGUGAAAUUUUGGGCAUUAGCUGCUGGGAUCAAUAUGAUUUUGGUUGCCAAAAUCCAUGUCUGGAUGCUCAUCAACUUUCAGUGAACUGAUUGAACAGAUCUGUUUGCUAAAUAAUAUGGUGGACACUAAGCCUGAUAAUCAGACUUCGAUUUCGUAGUUCCGUGAAUAACCUACAAAAUCAGUGUCUAAAAAUCACUCCUGUUUUAAAUAAUUUUAGACCAUACUUAUUAUCUGAAUAACAACAAUUACGUUCAACGCUUCUAAUCAGUUGUCUUAUCUAAAUAUGCUAAACAAUUAACUGGAACAAUAAAAGUUAUACAAACAUUCAUUCCUUUAUUUCUCUUCAUUUUUUGCAUGCUGUGACAUGUUUGAUUCAUAUCACGUGUAAAAAUAGUAGUUUUCUUAAAAAUCCACCGAUCAGAGACAAUAUAUAGUGAAUGAGAUUCCUUCUCAUACCACUUACGCAUACAUUCAAUCUGUUAUCUUAACACCGUUUCACAUCACAUGUCUCUCACACACUAGAGCAAAUACCUACUUUAAGAACUGUUAACGUUAAUUAGAUGACCUAUUUAGUAUAUAGUUAACCAGAGGACCAUAUACCUAUUUUUAUAUUUGAUAAUUUUGAUGUUUGAUUAUAAUUGCUUGAAAAACGUUGGACCAGAUUACGAGGUGAAACGUUGGAUUUACCAAUUCAUUCUCUGAGAUUUUACAAAUACAUUCUUCUUCAUUAACGUCUCACACCAACCUGGUGCUCAAAUACUGUGAAACUACUUGAUCAAAUUUAGACAGGAGUUUUUAUAAAUUUAGGGACAAAUAUUUUUCAGCUAUUCUGUGAACUGUUGUGUCAACAGUUAUUAGGACACUAGUGGGUUAAGUUAUUCAAUAGGUUUAUUAAUCAACGAAUCUACCUCGGUGCGUUUGUAAAUCAAAAAGUCCUCACACUAGCACGAGAUCCUAGCUUCACUCCUCCAACCUGUUAUUCUCAAUCGAAACCGGAUGUCCACCAGCGUAUUAAAAUAACAACUACACUGCAUAAGAUUCCGCUUUGUGUUACUUUACAAAAAUUAAACAACUUUCAUGUGUAAAGGGAACUCAUAACUUAGAAUUAUUUGGUUUUCUUAUUUACUGGAAUAAACUAAUGUUCCUUGGAAGUUAAUGAAAGUCCUCUGCAACCAUGUUACAUUUUACGUAGACGAAUUCUAUUAUGAUAUUUAAAAUAUGGCCGGUGAAGAAUCGAUAAAAAUUAAAUUAAUCCUGUUAGGAGAUUCAGGUGUGGGGAAGACAAGUUUAAUUCGUCGAUUUGUUGAUGACCGAUUUACACACAAUGAAGCGGCGACGAUCGGUUUCGAUUUCAAACCAUAUCAAAUGGUUGUAGACGGAAGAACAAUUCAGUUUAAUAUAUGGGAUACAGCUGGUGUUGAACGAUACAGUAGUUACUUGACUCCUUCGCUUUACCGCCACGCUCAUGGUGCUCUUUUUGUAUACGAUGUUACUUCCGCACAAAGUCUUUCCGGAGUGAAAUACUGGGUAGAACAAACCAGACAAUUCUGUGGUAGUCGACUUUUAAAAAUGCUUGUUGGCAAUAAAAUUGACUUGGAUAAUCGCAUAGUUUCAAAAAAAGAAGGUUCAGAUUUCGCUCGAAGUAUGGGGUCAAUCUUUGUUGAAACCAGUGCAAAAACAAGUGAGAAUGUCCGUGAUGCUUUUGUAGAACUUGUUCGUAAAAUACUUCAAGAUCCUGAAUUCCUGUCAUUAACGUCAACGUCACAACCACCUCAAGGAGUAUCCUUUGAAUCUACUCAACCUAGCUCAUCAUUAACAUGUCCUUGUUAACAUUAGAGGGAAAUUCACAAAAACGUUGGGAAAUACAUUCAGAUAAUCUGGGAUCAAAUAUAAUCGACAAUAAACCAAUCAAUCCUGCUUUAAAAUGCAAAGAAAUCAACUGCAAAUUUUUUUUAAAUAACUGUGAUUUUACUUAUUCGUAUAUUCAUUCUUCCACCGUUUUUUAUAUAUACAUAUUCAAUCAUCAUCUAAUGUAUUGGGCAAGUGCUUAUUCGUAUGAGAACGCCAUGCUAUGAUAUAACAUCACAGUGUUAUAUCUCUCUUUCUUGUAAUUAAAUUGAUCAUACAUUUUUGUCAUUAUCUUUGUUCAACAUAAUAAAAAUUAGACCAUCCUUUUUCAUGAAAUACUUGUGAAGUAUGAUAAAUCAUUCGAUACAACAUAGAAUACAUAUUAUGAUUC